UGAUUGCCUUCCUCUGUCUCAACUACUUCCUACCGGCCGAGCCUAUAGUCUCCCCUCAGCCGGAGGCCUCCUCAACGGCUGUCGACGGCGGAGCUGGCUUUCCUGGUGCUGCUCCCGGCACCAGUUUGGCCAAUCAGCAUGAGAAAAGGGCAGAUAGUAGAGAAGAUUUCCAGGACGGACUCUCAUCUGGAGGGAAUCAGGAGCAUUCGCCUCGGUACAGCACCCCGUACCCAUCAGGAAGACAGAACUUGCACAAUGGCAGAGGUGAGUCGUAUAUACGAAGAAAAGGUGGGUUUCGAGGAAUCUCUUGUUUCAUAA